UGACUCAAUGUGUUGGUGUAAGUUCGCUGAUCGAUCACACGUGAACAAAUCCUACUCAGCACUGAAUCACGUUGAUCUUUUUGACUGGAUGUUAUCCUUGCGCAUACUGUCGUUCCUGUAAAGCUGCCUCCUCCUUGUAUGUAGUCCUUGUGGUCCAUUUAUCGUCAAGGAGUCGAUGUGGUCUAGCUCGGGUCGCUGGGGUCAAGAGGUCCAUAGGUCGACUCGCAGAGAGUGUUGUGAAGGAAGUGCAACUUGACCAACGGCUACUUUUUACAUGUAAACAUGUAUUAUCACUAGAUCUGAAUCUGUGUCAUUAAAGAGAUUGUCACUGAUUUAUAAUUACAGGAAGUGAAAAACCUAUCGUUAAUAUCUUCUUUAAGUAUCCCGAGGAGAAAUUCGGCGAGCUGUAGAGAGUUUUCGAGACAAAAUAUAGCAGAACAGUGUUGGAGCUGUGUCGAGAGAAACAGAACACUGCCAAGGUGAUGUGUCUUGUUUCCAUGAAACACAUCACCCGCAGUCGCUGUAUUGCGCAAUACCUGCGCAAGAAAUUGAACCAUAGGGAUGAGGUUGGGGUGAUCGAAGUUCUUUGUGGGUAUUAUGACGUGGAUAUUACGCAAGUAAAGGACGUCUAUUACCGUUUGCAUGGAGUUGAAUUAAGCGAGAGUUUGCAGGAAAGAUGCGGCAAGGAAACGGCGGAAGUGCUCGUUGCUAUGCAACAGCACCGCCUACUUUUGCUGAUAAGAUCCAUAUGUUACUGCGCCGGCAAGGCGAGGAGGUACAACUGGAGCUGCUGUUUACAGUUCUGUCAAAAACAGAGUCUGCUUUGAAAAACAUCAAACACUGCUACAAAAAGACAUUCCUCAAUGACCUUGUGUGGGAUGCCAUGAGUGACGUCAGGAACCAUACGGUCAAGGCCAUUCUGGUCAAAGUGCUCGGGCGGUCAUGACGUCAGAGGUUGGUCAGUCGUGUGUCAAACAGCGGUACUAUUAUCAGUACGAUGAAAGACGGUUCCUCAGACGAUGGAAUGGAUGCUGUCGUAUUAGCGGUGACACUUUGAAAGGUUGCUCGAUAUACUGACAUGAGAGUCUCUCGUGGCCACAUUCAUGGUUAUUUACGGUAGACAAGAAUGUGCCCAGUUGCUCAAUAGGCAUUUAAUGCGUGGUAACGUUGGCCUCAAGUCAAAACCUACUACUGUAAAUGAAAUCUAUUGAAGGAGAUACUGUUCUGUUGAACUAAAGUUGAUAUUUGUAUCCUGAUCGAGCUACUGGACCCUGGAGUAUAGCUGAUACAAGAGGCUGCCCGCAGACAAGCAAUGGCUGACAAGCUCAUCAGAGCGACAAAUAUCGUGGGCCUCUGUGAUAAAAAGCACAUGUCUGCAGCAUGCUUCAAAUAUUGAAGUGCAACCAAUGCGACAUCUAUGUUAAACCUACGGAACCGAAUUGUUGUCUCAUCCUUCCAUACAUGUAUAGCAUUUUGAUAAAUCUUUCAUUGGUGACUUCACUUCUGACAUGUGCACAUAUCGGAUAAAUGUUUGUUAAUCCAACAACGCUGGGAUGUUGUUGUGCACUUUCAACGACGCUUCUUAUGGAACAAAUAGCUCCAGGCAGCGUUCGUCUCAGUGUAUAUACGGGUCAAAGCAUUGCUGACCAUCGCUGUGUGGAGGUCAGUCGUCUCACUCUGAUGUUGGAAAGCGACUACGCUAAUAUUGAUAAUAUGACGUCAUUGACAACUGAGUGACGUUGCCAUUGUUUAUAAGACAGUAUCAAGUACAUUGUAUACAUGUCCGCGCAAAAAGAGCACUUGAAUGCGGACCAAGACUUACUGAUUUCACUCUAUAUUUGU